UUUUUGUUUUGGCUUUUACUUUUUUUUUUUCUUUUUUUUUUUCGCUGAUGCGUUUUCGUCGCUGUGCUCGUGUCGUUUGCUCACCCCAUGUCAUUUUUCGUUUGACCAUUGCCUUGUUUUUUGACAGUUCGUUCCCUUCCCUUCGUCCGUCCGUCCGUCCGUCCGUUCGCUCGCUCGUUCGCUGUGUAUCUGUUGAUUGUUUUUCAUCUUUUUCUCCUCUUUCUCUCCAAUGUCGUUCUUUAAGAAGAAGGGGAAGGAUAUUGCCAAGGGCCUCGAGAGCGAGAACGCGCCGACUGCAUCGGGAGGCUCGGAGGACAGCGAAGACUCGGGCUCGGCUGCGCACGCACCGCUGCCGCCUGCAGGCGCGCCCGCUGCUGGAACGCUGGGCAAAAAGUCGCUCGCCGAUUUCGAGCUCCUCGAGACGCUCGGCACGGGCACGUUCGGCCGCGUCUACCUCUCCCGAGACAAGGGCAACAAGAACUUUUACGCCAUGAAGGUCUUGAAAAAGGUCGAGGUCGUCCGUCUCAAGCAAGUCGAGCACAUUCAGUCCGAGAAGGACAUUCUCUGCGCCAUCAACCAUCCCUUCAUUGUGAAUCUAUACUGCACGUUCCAGGACGACCGCAACUUGUACAUGCUGCUCGAGUACAUUUGCGGUGGCGAGCUCUUCUCGCACCUGCGACGAGCCGUCAAGUUUACAAACGACAUGACGCGCUUCUACAGCGCCGAAAUAGUACUCGCCAUCGAGUAUCUCCAUAGCCUCGACAUCAUCUAUCGCGAUCUCAAGCCCGAGAAUUUGCUGCUCAACACGCAGGGGCACAUUAAGAUUACCGAUUUUGGUUUUGCAAAGAAAGUGGAAGACAGAACCUGGACACUGUGCGGCACCCCCGAGUACCUGGCUCCCGAAAUCAUUCAAAGCAAGGGCCACGGCAAGGCCGUCGAUUGGUGGGCGCUGGGCAUUCUAAUUUUCGAAAUGCUGGCUGGCUACCCACCUUUCUUUGAUGACAAUCCAUUCGGCAUCUACGAGAAGAUCCUGGCCGGCAAAGUGGCCUUCCCUCCACAUUUCGAGCCUCCGGCGAAGGAUCUGGUCAAGAAGUUGCUCACAGCCGAUCGCACCAAGCGACUUGGUAACCUUAAGGCGGGGGCUGAUGAUGUCAAGAAGGCCAAAUGGUUUAAAGGCAUUGAUUGGCUCGCAUUAUACAACCGACAAGUACCGGCACCAAUCAUCCCUGAAAUGGCGCAUGAUGGUGACACGCGAAACUUUGAGAAAUACCCAGAGGCCAUUGACGAGUUUAGCACUCCAUCCGUGGAUCCGUUCAAGGCGCUAUUCAAGGACUUUUAAGGAGGGCCUUGCCUUUCAACAAACCUGCCGAGUGCUGCCAGAUGCGACGAGCGCCACACUAUUCCACUCAACGUCUUUUUUUUUUCUCUCUCUCUCUCUCUCUCUUAUUACUGUCGCUCGCCUCGUUGUUGAACCGCCUUUUUUUUCUUUUCUGUUAUCCGGCGCCUUUCUUUCCGGUUUGCCAAUCCCACGACCCCCGUUUCUUUUCUGUGCUGUUGAGUUUUCCCCCCUGAGAAGGGUUGUUGUUUUUUUAAACUCUCCCAGUGACUUGUGCACAUUCUGCUUUGAAGUUUUUGUGUUUGGAUGUGCCAUUUGACUGGUCUCCGUUUGUUUGUUGUCGUUGUUGUUGUCGUCGUUGUUGUUGUUGUUGCUGUGCCUUUGUGACCGCUGGUUGUUGCGUUGUCCAAAACCUAACACAAACCAUUUUCCCCUUCCCC